AUGGCUGCUUGCGUAAAUUACCUCAAAUCCCUCCUCAGCGGAACUGACGAUAACGCACUGCCACCCGCAGUCACCGCGGCUAUCAAGUCGCUUCCCGAUAGCGACCUUUCCAGCGAUGCUACAGUCUGCGAUCUCUCCCCGGAGAAACAACGAGAUCUGAAGUUGAUCAUCGCCGAGUAUCUUUCCAGCCUUCCUAGCCAUAUUCACCAAGAAUUGGCCAAGUACUGCACCUGCCAGCAGUCAACCCUCACUACGAUCCUCUCAUUCCUUUUCAAACACAAGGGACACUUUGCCUACGCUACCACAGGCGCCCUCGGUCUGAUGGUCAUUGGUUACAUGGCUGUACAACAUUUCAACCGUCGUGUCGCGAGCGUUCGAAUGGAGGAACGCAUGAUGUACGAUCAAAAGUUGACACAGCUCAGUGCUCACGUUAUUCAGACGCUGACUGACCUGGCCGACAACGCCGAGAGCCUCCGAGGAAAUCUGAACGUGCAUAUCCAGGAGUUCCCAGCAGGCGAAGCUAGGAAGAGCAUAGAAAUCGACGGGAUUCAGAUGGCGGAGGGCAAUUUCGAGCAAAAGGAGACGUCAAAAGAGACGGCAAAAGCUGAGCAAGCUGGACUCGAAUCCGAGGGGGCAAAUGAAGGUAGAGUUGAAGAAGAUCCUGUGGAGGAACAGGUACCGCAUCACCUGAUUCCUCUCCGGAACUUUCUGAAGGGCGGCGGCAGGUUGGAGAGCGAGAGUUGGAUGAUCUCCGAUGCGGCGUAUAAAGCUAGGAAUGCCGCAAGAGAGGCCGAAAUCACAUCAGAGUGGGAGAUGUAUCUAAAACGACCCCUCCCUGCCACCUCCGUCAACGCAAUCCCAGCCUUUCUAUCAGAAAACAAGGCGAUCAUAACACGCACCGCCUUCGUCGUCUUGGCCUUCACCAUACUCCACUACGUGACUGUUCAGUGUCCGCUCCGCCACCAGGAACGCAUGCAACAGGAUGAGCGCAUGUCAUACAAGCAGAAGAAUUCAGAGCUUGAGGAUCUCGAGACCGGGGCGAAGGCCCUGAGUGAGAGGAUUGGAGCACUUGAGAUUGAGAAUGGGGAGAUUAAGGAAAGGUUCGAGGAAUUGGAGAUGGAACCGACCAAGACGUCUGCCACGGCUGUGCAAAGGCCGAUGGAGAGGCCGGCAUCGGCGGACACACCGCGAAGAGGGACUUUUUCGCCACCAGGGGUAAUCUGGGGUCACUGAGGAGAGACCAGUAACUUAUCGUCAGCUUCAAGUUGGGCGCCUCAGACCCGCAUUCGGAUAUGUUGAAGUCGCUUGAAAUAGGGGGGAUAUCAAAGGAGUGCGAUCGGACGGUUUCGAUCCUGCCAACUUGGUUGUCGAGCC